UACUACCAAGCCUAUAGUAAAAUCUACAAGUUAAGCCUCUAUACCAUUGCAUAAUCUUUGGCAUAUUUUAUGGUCGCCUCUGCGUGCAUACAUAUUCAUCGGUAACAAACAUUUUGCUGACUUCGCGUCGAUAUCGAAAUUGGAUCGCCGCUGUGGAUUCCACCUUACUUGGCCUCCAACCUCGAGCCAGUCCAUUGGUAUUUAAAGUAAUUUUAAUGUAUAAUUUUUAAUUGUAAUAUUUCUUCAAUAAAGUAAUCUUUGAAAAUUGGUUUUUUUUGGGACUCUCGGGCACGAUAAAUAUAAUUGGCGCAGUCGGUAGGAUUUCCGGGUCCCCCAGGAUAGAAAAUUAGGGAAAAUUCUGGAGGAGAUAGGCGUUUCCAGCCGAACCGGAAAUUGGAAGAACAACGUGGCCGAGCAUCCAAACUUCGAUACCUCCCAAGAAAUGCCGAGAUCUAUGGUGCUGAUCAUGAUGCUUCUCACAACGACACUAGCUCUCGAGAUAAAACUUGAAGAUCUUGGAGAAAGCCCUGGAAUUUUACCCUUUAAGUUAGGUCCCAUGCAACUAACCCAUCAUUAUCAUACAUUUUUACAGUUUAUAGAAUUAAGGGAAAUAGAUUCUAACAUUAGUUUAGUGCAGUCUCAGUUAAGUGAAAUUAGAAAUAAGUUAGAUAACCUUACUUAUGCUGUCUAUGAAUCGCAAAUAGAUUAUUUAAGUGAUAAACUUGAUUUUGCUUUGCAACAAUUAAAAACUCUAGAACCCUUAAGGUUUAAGAGAGGCUUAAUAGAUAGUCUUGGGUCAGUAAUUAAGAGUAUAACUGGAAACUUAGAUUAUUCGGAUGCAGUAAAGUAUGAUCAAGCUCUUUCAGUACUUAAGAAAAAUCAAGAUAAAAUAGUUAUUGAACAGAAUCAUCACAUCAGUCUUAGCAAAGAUUGGAUGGAUGAACAAAAUAAAAUUAUUGCUGAAAUUAUAGAAAGUCAAAAUAAAAUUAAUAAAACAUUAUUUAUGAUAUUAAACCCUGACUCAUUUCCUUCACCGGAUAUAGUUAAAUUUGCGAAAUUCGCACAAGCAUUAGCAAUAAGCAGUAAUAAUGUAGACAGUUUAGUAAGCGAAAUAAGUAGGUUAGAGAAUGCGCUAGCAUUUUGCAGUGCUUCGCGCACUCAUCAUUCUAUGAUAGGUAUAGGUGUAAUGAAAAAUAUGUUAAGUAAGCUUAAGACAUUUUAUAAUAAAGAAGAAAUAUUAGAUUUAGAAAUUAGAGACUAUUACGAUAUAAUUAAGCCAGCAUCUUAUUUUAAUGGAGAUCAGUUAGUUUUUGCUUUUAAAUUUCCUAUAGUUUCACCACUUGAAUAUAACUUUUAUAAAUUAGCUAUUGUUCCUAAUAAAAAUAGGCAAGCUAUAAUCCCUCCUUCUCCUUUCCUUGCAAUCACUGGUAAUAUGCACGUGUAUAUAGAGGCAGAAUGCCCGAAGUCAGGCAUGAGGUACUUAUGUGAAGACGAGCUCCACCACAUGCUGAAACCUCAGCCGGACUGUAUCAGCAACAUCGUUGAAGGAAAUCUCCAUGAAGAAAGGUCCUGCGAAAUGACUACCGUAAACCUGAUGAAACCUGCAAUGGAAAAACUUGAUGACCGCCACUACGUCGUCGUGUUCCCGUCUCCAACUGAAGCCCGGUUAUCCUGCGAAAGAGAAGAAAUCAUUAAUCUCAAUGGAAGCUACCUCGCCACAAUACCACCUACCUGCAAGCUGCACACAGAAGACUUCACCAUUGUCAACACCAACGAUCAUAUCAAAGGACAGCCCAUAAAAAUUACUAAAGUUUCGGCUCAUGUAAAGGAGCCUACCUUAUCCUUCUCUAUUAAAAGUAAUUCAAUCAGCCUGAAGAAACUUCAUGAAAUUCAAGACAAGAUUCACCAUCAAGAACCUAUUCAAUUAGAACAAAUUCCAAUGUUCUAUAAUACAACUAUUCCUUUCUAUACUAUAUUAUGCAGUGCUAUUGCACUUUCUCUUAUAAUUUUGGGCAGAAGAUUAAUCCUGAACAGAAGAAAGAAGAAUGAAGAAAGAAGCCAAUCAAGCAAGAAGCCUCGCCAAGAACAAACCUAUGCUGAACCUGGACCAAGCCAAGACUGUGGAAAGCUGCCAAUGACAUUUUUUCCUGUCGUUCAAAAAUAGUCCUUGAACUAAGGGGGGAGGUGUUAUAUACUACCAAGCCUAUAGUAAAAUCUACAAGUUAAGCCUCUAUACCAUUGCAUAAUCUUUGGCAUAUUUUAUGGUCGCCUCUGCGUGCAUACAUAUUCAUCGGUAACAAACAUUUUGCUGACUUCGCGUCGAUAUCGAAAUUGGAUCGCCGCUGUGGAUUCCACCUUACUUGGCCUCCAACCUCGAGCCAGUCCAUUGGUAUUUAAAGUAAUUUUAAUGUAUAAUUUUUAAUUGUAAUAUUUCUUCAAUAAAGUAAUCUUUGAAAAUUGGUUUUUUUUGGGACUCUCGGGCACGAUAAAUAUAAUUAAU